AUGGUGACAGGAACGAGCGCAUGGCCUCGAAUACGGGAUUACAGACAAACACGCGGUUUAAAUCGCAGUUGUGUCUACAAACAUAUAUCAUACUGGAGACCCAGUUAUCUUGGAUCACUACGAUCGCAACGCGCCGUGCACACGACCCAUGAUCAUGGACAUGCCCCGGCGAAAUCCAGCAUAGUCACGAGAAAUAAGCUUGCGACGGAAUAUCCCCACCAUCCUGCAUCGUUCUUUCGGUUGCCACUGGCUAAUUUUCACCAUGCUCGCGAGAUGUUCAACGUACUUGGGUCAAGAUCUUAUGCUGUUGUCGCGGAGGCUAGCCAACAUGUACAGCUCAAGUUAGGACCAAGUCUAGAAUCAAAGGAAGAUUCCAAUGACAAUUCGAAAAAAUUGCUCAGAAAGGAUCGUGCUCUCUUGCAGGAAGAUUACAAGCGCAGACUGAAACUGUUAACGUAUUGGUCGAAGCGUGAUACACUGCUCCUAAUUGUACCACACUUACAGCAAGCUGGUAUCUGGGAUAUAUCUCUACUGGAUGAUCUCAAAGUGGCUACUCCCAAAGCGGCUGCUCCCAAAGUGACAGACAGCCCUGUGCAUCCUGCUCCGGCAAAGACCUGUGCGAAUAUCACUCAUCCACCACUUCAGACUGACCCAGCAAUUAAAAUUCACCAAUUCGAGACUAAUUCAGCAGAGACUUUCCCGAAUGACAUCCAUUCUCCGCUGGGGGUUGAUCCAGCGAUAGAAAUUCAUCAAUUUGAGUGCUUUUGGGUCAAUAAGUGCUUCGAGGUUACAAUGGAAUCUACCUCUACUGCCCUCAAAGUAUUUGUGUCUCAUCCAGACAUUGAGGAGCCACUACAGGCCACAGAGGUAUGA